AUGGCUCAACCUCCACCUAUUGUGCCUCCACCUACCGUGAACCCAGAUCGUCCUUCAAACCCUUAUUACCUCCAUUAUUCGGAGAGUCCAGGCGCAAUGCUUGUUUACCAACCCCUUUCUGUUUCAGGGGACAAUUACCAUUCUUGGCAUCAAUUCAUGCUCAUUGCUUUGGAAGCCAAAAACAAGCAUGUUUUUCUUGAUGGAACUCUUGCUUGUCCUAAUCAUAAUAACUCUCUUUUUGGAGCUUGGUGCCGUUGCAACAAGAUGAUUUUCUCUUGGCUUUUAAAUGUUGUUUGCAAAGAAAUUGCCAACAAUGUUUUAUACAUUGCCAAUGCCAAAGAAGUUUGGGAUGACUUGAGAGAUCGUUUCUCUCAAGCUCAUGGCCUACGAAUAUUUCAACUUCAGAGACAAAUGUUUGGUCUCUCUCAAGGGGCUCUUUCUGUUUCUGUCUAUUUCACUAUUCUCAAAGGGUUGUGGGAUGAACUCAGUAACUACAAACCCCACCUUGUAUGUUCAUGUGGUGCCCUCAAAGAAGUUGUUGCUACUCAACACUUUGAAUAUGUCAUUCAAUUUUUCGUUGGUCUUAAUGAAUCAUUUUUAGCUGUUAGAGCUCAGAUCCUUCUUAUGGUACCCCUCCCACCCAUUAAUCAAGUUUUUUCUCUAGUCCAUCAAGAGGAAAGACAACGAGAGAUUCUUCUCACCCCUCCUAUGGAACCUAUAGCUCUUUUAUCUCGACAAGACUAUACCAAAGCUAAUAGACAACCUUUCUCUCGUGCCAAAGAAAGACCUCUAUGUAGCCAUUGUGCAUCCACUAUGUCCUUCACCACUGAGCAGUACCAGCAGCUGAUUUCUCUGUUGAAUUCAAACUCUGUGAAGCCCACAGAUUCUACUACUCAGUCUGCCAAUCUAGCAUUUUCUCACAAUAUCUCAGAACCUUACCAGCAAGAGAAUGAUUGGAGUGGGUGAAGAGCGAGAUGGCCUAUAUUUCUACAAACAAGCAACCAUGAAUAACUUUAUUUCUAGUACUACAGUUAAACCAUAUCUUUUUUAUUUAUGGCAUUUCAGACUUGGGCACAUUUCUACUUCCAGAAUCAGGUUGUUACAAAAAUUAGACUCCAAUAUUACUUACUCAAACUCCUUUCAUUGUAAUACUUGUCCUCUAGCAAAACAAAAACGUCUCCCUUUUAAUGUUAGUAAUUCUAUUGCUUCU